GUUCUCCUGACUAAAAAGGGACGGGAAACGGAGCCCGGGAGCCCCGGGGGGCUUCGCCCGGAGCUUCCCAGCGGGCCGACCCCCGGCGAUCACCCGUUGGAGCCCCGUCAGCAUGCCCGCGAGGACAGCCUUCCCUAUCGGAGCGUCGGCUCUCUGCGGCCCAAAGAACAGAUUCCCGUCCGAUCCCGUAUUUCCCAGGGCCCCAGCACAGGGCACCGCCCCGGAUGGGAAUUUCGUAGAGGCUGCUGCGUCUACUACAGUUCCACUUGGAAGCUUGGUGGCGGAUUAAAGGAGCAUUCGGCCUGCGAAAAAUCCGGAUAAAAACGUGAUGCCGCGUUGGAAGGAAUGGGCGAGAACACACGCGGCGCAUUGGGCGUGAGCCCCAGAGCGGCCCACGCCUUGCCCCAAGCCGGAGCGACUCCACCUGCAAAGUGGGGGCCGCGACUACCGAUCCGGAGCCCCGUUUCCCGGCCUCGGAAGAGGAGGAAUUGUUUCCCGCGGCGACGAUGGAGGAAAACUGGGCCCACGGGCCUGAUUCCAGUAAGGACGGGGAGAUCCACAAGCGCUUCCGCCAAUUCUGCGCCCGGCGGAUGUCGGGAACGAGCGAUGCUCUGGACCGACUCCGGCUUGGGAUGAAGGAGACGGAGCGGAGAGAGGACAGCGGAGGAGAGCCGGGAGACACGGAUGGACCGGAGCGGCCGGGCCCGGUGACAUUCAGCGACGUGGCCGUGUCCUUCAGCCGGGAGGAGUGGGAGCAUCUGGGCCCCUCUCAGCGCAGCCUGUACUGGGACGUGAUGCUGGAGAAUUACGGGAACCUCGCCUUCCUGGGUGGCCGAACCGGAAACGAGGCGGAGGAGCCGAUUCCCAUAAAACGGGAGAUUAGCGAAGAGGCAGAUCUGCACCGGGCAUUCCCGGCGAGACUCCAACGGGACAUCCCCACGACGUCCGCGUCCGGAAGGGCCGUCGCGUUGGAGGGUGGGCUCGAGUUCCCGAUCCAGGAUAGAGACGGCGAAGGAGUUGCCAGGGAAGCCUCCGGGGAGAGGAGAGUCCGUGAGCGUGAGGAAGCUUCCAGGUGGAGUCCGCAUCUCGUUGAGCGUCAGAGAAGUCACGCCGGAGAGAGGCCCCGUCCGUGUCAGGAACGCGGGAAGACGGCCGGCGGGCGCUCGGACCUUAGUAUACAUCGGAGGGUUCACGCCGGAGGAGAGCUCUUCCAGUGCAGCCGGUGCGGGAAGGAGUUCAGGUGGACCUCCCGCCUCAUUGAACAUCAGAGAAUUCACACCGGAGAGAAACCGUUCAAAUGCGGCGGCUGCGGGCAAGCUUUCGGCCGGCCCUCGGACCUCGCUAAGCACCGGAGGAUCCACACCGGAGAGAAACCGCACGGAUGCCGCGAAUGCGGGAGAGCCUUCGCUCAACACUCGGACCUGGUGAAGCAUCGGCGAAUCCACACCGGAGAGAAGCCCUACCGGUGCCACGAAUGCGGGAAGGCCUUCGGUCAGCAUUCGACCCUCACCGAACACCGGAGGAUCCACACCGGAGAGAAACUCUACGGGUGCAGCGCGUGCGGAAAGGCCUUCAGUCAACACUCGGACCUCGUUAAGCAUCAGAGGAUCCACACCGGGGAGAAGCCCUAUCGGUGUAGCGACUGCGGGAAGUCCUUCAGUCAACAUUCAAACCUCAAGACGCACCGGAGGAUCCACACGGGAGAGAAACCCUACGGCUGCGCCGCGUGCGGGAAGGCGUUCGGCGUGCGUUCCUCCCUCGUCAGCCAUCAGAGGAUUCACACGGGCGAGAAGUGCUACGGGUGUAACGAGUGCGGGAAGGCCUUCACCCAGCACUCAGACCUGAUGAAACAUCGGAGGAUCCACACCGGAGAGAAGCCCUACAAGUGCGGUGACUGCGGGAAGGCUUUCAGCCAACACUCCAGCCUCGUCGAACACCACCGGAUUCAUACCGGAGAGAAGCCGUACCGGUGCCGGGCGUGCGGAAAGGCCUUCAGUCAGCACUCGGACCUCGUGAAACACCAGAGGAUCCACACGGGAGAGAAGCCCUACCGAUGCGAGGAAUGCGGGAAGGCCUUCAGUCAGCGUUCAAACCUCAUCACCCAUCAGAGAAUCCACACCCGGGGAAAACUCGGUAAAUUUAACGGCCGCGGUGAAGCGCGCGGGGGUCGCCCGACCGCCGUCGAUCACGAGAGGCUCUGUGCUGGAGAGAACGCGCGCGAUGACCGCGAGGAAGCCCUUCAGUGACCGCUGCGUCCUUAUUAAUCAAAUUAUUCACACUGGAAGGGCUGGAAUACUGGAAGGACUGGAAUUCACACUGGAAGGAAAACCUACAAACGUGGUUAGUGCCGGAAGGCCUGCGGUCACUUCCCCCGUCUCCGGGCCCGUCGGAGAAUUUCGAAUCGGGUUCCCUGCACGGAAACCCUCCUCCGUAGACGGUAAUCCCCGUGAGGGACAAGAACCGUGUCCCGCGCGCGUCUAUCCCGGGGCUUAGAACGGCGCUUGACACAUAGCUCGUAACCAAUACCAUUAAAAAAAAAAAAAAUCCGUUCGUGCCGGUUUCUCUAACUCAGCGUACUUUUUCGAGACAACUAAAAUGCGAUAUUCAAGAUGAACCCAAUAUUCCGGUGUCCUUUUUCGAGACAACUAAAAUGCGAUAUUUGAAGGUAUUUUACCGAGAUUAACCUAAUAUUCCGGUGACAACUGUGGGACUUUAUAGGUGAAGCUCGCCGGAGAGAGGAGUGAGGAAGCAGAGGCGCAUCCACUCACCCCUCUCCCAACUCCCAUCCGCGCUUUUACGUAUCGAGAUGUAAUUUUGGCGACGCUUUGUCAAUACUUUUUCUCAGGGUCCAUAUCGGACCGUGUUCCGGAGUCUUAGACGAUGGUCAGAUUUUUUUCCGCCCCGGAAGAUACACGCGACAGAGAAGCGGGAAGUUCCUCGAGUCUGUUGGACAUUAGGGAGUUCCUACGGAAAAGAAACCAAAUGUAUGUAACGACCGUGGUCAAUCAAUCAAUCAAUCGUAUUUAUUGAGCGCUUACUGUGUGCAGAGCACUGUACUAAGCGCUUGGGAAGUCCAAGUUGGCAACAUGUAGAGACAGGCCCUACCCAACAGCGGGCUCACAGUCUAAAAGGGGGAGAACAAAACCAAACAUACUAACGAAAUAAAAUAAAUAGUAUA